AUGGUCAUGUCCGGCGCCUCUUCUUGCUCUCCGCAGUCCUCAAUCGGCGGCGGAGGGAGCAACAGCGGGAGAAGCAGACUGUCAGUCGCCGCUGCAACCGGCGCUAGGGCCGAGGGGGGCAAGCCAGUCGCGUCCUCCCUGUCCGGAAUGCUGGGCGGCAUGCGGGGUAGGCAACCGGCGGCCAGCAGCAGGGACGAAGAGCGUUGCGGGGUGGCCGCUAGGGGAGCGGGUGUCGGCCAGACAUCGACAGAGGACUGGAUGGCGAUAAACCUGGAGAAGCUGUCGAACUUUCGGGUGCCGGAGACACGCAUGGGGUUUCCGGAGGGAGGGCGGGAGGGACUUCGCCGAAGCGCCACGGCGCCGUCGCGAAGCCCGUUCCCACCCCGAGCGGAGGAGAAGCAGGCCGAGACCCGACAGGCUGGGGCAGCGGCGGGGAGAGCCGGCGAGCCGCGCUGGGAGUUCGGCUGCUGGCACCCCUUAGGAAGAGGCCAACAGCAACAACAACAACGACAAGACGCACCCGUGUCCGACGGCACGAGGCUGACCGACGAGGCCCCUGACAACCCCCUUUCAUCGUCGCCGCCGCCACCGCCUGACCUCCCCCUGCGCACCCGGGUAAGGUUUGAGAUGGCGCCGGGCGUGGCGGUGCCCCGCGGGAUCGGGAGUCUGCCGGGACACCUGGAGUCCCGCGCGCUCCGGGCGUUCGCCGCGGGGUCAGUGGGGAUGCGAAACCGCUCCGAAGAUGGAGGCGACCCCCGUCAAGGGCUUGGGCGUGGCGGCGGCAACGGGGGGGAAGGCGACAGCGAGAAGGAGCAGGGGUGGUCUUCGGGCGUCGCCGGCGGCGGCAGCGUUGGAGGAAGGCGUGCGCGGCUUGCGGAAACCCUUGGCGAGCGCGGGCGCGAUAGACAUGAAGCAGGGGCGAACGACGGGACGGCGGGGACAGCGGUAGCGAUCGAGGCGGCGGCGGCGGCGGCGGCAGCGGCGGCAGCGGCGUCUGAGAGAAAGGAAGAUGAGGCAAUGGAGAAGUGGAGAAAGGCGACGCUGUACUGGGAGCACCCGGCGACGCCUCUGCCCCAGGAGGCCUUGGCAGCGCAGAAAGCGGCACAAUCGAGGGUCGCCAAGAGCCCGGCGCACGCGACGAAGGCACAGGACAGCGGGGCCCGGCCUGGAGGCAGCGCCGCCAGCGGGUGGACUUCUUUCUUUUGGUCGCGUCGAAGAGACUGGGAGCAGGCGUUCGGCAGCCUCUACUACGGCCUCAUCUCGAGGAACCGCGGCGGCGGGGAAGGGGCAAGAGGAGGACGAGGGGGCGCCGCCGCCGCCGCCGCUGCCGCCGAGGGGGAGGGGGAGGGAGAAGGGUUCUAUCUGCAGUGCCCCCUGUACACGGUAGUGUGGACGCUCGUGCGGGAGCGAGGAGGGGCUGAAGACGACGGGACCCGGCGUCGCAGACUAGUCCCAGCGGCUCUCAUGACCCGCUCCACGCGGCGUCUAAGGAAGCGGCUCACGGCGGCAGGGAUCGAGUUCGGCAUGCCUCUCGACCCCGCGGGCGACCAGCGAGACGCGCAGGCGGACGAAGACGUUCUGGAAGAGUGGAAGGCGAUGGACGCAACGGGCAACGCUAAACCUGGCGCCGUCUACGCGAACGAGGAGGACCGGAGCCGACCCCAGCUGUCUUUGCUGACGUUCCGGGGGCACAUGGCCGUCCACGGCCUCUUCGAUUUCCUUCUAGAAGCUUGCGGCCAUUCCACGGGCGUCGUCGGGGGUGGGGGGCUCGCCGCGAGCGGGCGGGGCGGCAGGAUGGGAUUGGGGGGGGAUGUCCCGCUUUUGCUCUCGCGGGAGCCGUUCCUCAACGCCUCGCUGAAGGCCCUCAAGGUUCAGCAGAAAGGGCCCAUGCACCGAUCCAGGGCCACAGUGAGCGCGGGACAAGACUCGGCAGUCCAGGUGGGAGGGGGGAGGGUCAGUACGCUCAUCGUUUUGGGUUGGAACGACAUGUUGUGA